AACAGAAAUCGUGGAGAGAACCUUGCCAACAUAUAUGACCUAAAGCCCUAAACUGUAAACCCUUUAGACACCUCAGCUCUCAGCCUCCUUCACUCAGCUCUUCAACCAAAUUCAGAGCUUCGAAUUGCUCUUCAAAUAUUGUUCCAGUUCUAGAAUAAAAAUGGCAGAAAAAGAGGAGCAGGCAUUGAAUUACAUAGAAGAGACAGUGUUGAAGAAGAGGAAGCAUAGUGAGGAUUGGGCGAUUAGAAGGAGGCAACAAUUGUUGGAAAGACAAUGGAAAAUCAAACAAGACAAGAAGCUUGCUUUUAAGAAACCUGAGGAUUUUAUCAAGGAGUACAGAAGUAAACAAAUGGAUUUGGUCAAGAUGAAGCAGAGAGUUAAGAGGCGGAAAACUUCCACUGCAUCAUCAUCAAAGCUUAUCUUUGUCAUCCGAAUUCAGGGUAAUGCACCUGUUCAUCCACAAAUUCAGAAGAUUUUGAGGUCAUUUGGAUUGAAGAAAAUAUACAGUGGUGUUUUCUUAAAAGCAACUGAAGGGACUCUAGCAAUGUUGAACAAGGUGGAACCAUAUGUAACUUAUGGGUAUCCAAAUCUUAAAAAUGUGAGGGACCUCAUCUUUAAGAAGGGUCUAGCAAAGGUGGAAAAGGAGAGGGUUCCUCUAACAGACAAUAAUGUCAUCGAGCAGGCAUUGGGGCAGCAUGGUAUUUUAUGUCUUGAGGAUAUGGUCCACGAAAUUCAUUCUGUUGGCCGACACUUUAAGGAGGUAACUCGUUUUCUAUGGCCCUUCUCCCUUGCCAAGCCUCAAGAUGGAUUCUCAGGCAAGAAAAAUCUAUUCAAGAAUGGUGGAGACUCUGGAAAUCGCGAGGAAAAUAUAAACGAGCUGAUUGCUAAGAUGACUUAGGGCUUGCAUAAUAUGCAUAGGUGCAUUAUGUAUCGGAGAAUGCUUAUAAAAACAAGCAUAUGUAGUUUGUAUUCUAUAGUGGACAACUUUUUUCAAGUGGUAUCCAAUGGUUGCAAUUUUGCUUAUACGUUCA